AUGCGAAGAGUCUGGAGUUUUGGAGAGAAAGUGCUGAGCGCAUCGAUUCGCAGCAGAAGCGAAGCCGCGGUGUCAUUCGUGCUGGAUACAAGUGAAUUGCGGUUAGCCCCAGACACCACCUCCAUAAAUACACACUACGAAGAUCUGCCCCUUUUCCAAGCUGUCGCACACGACAACGCGGAAAUUGUCGAGCUGCUGCUUUCUCGUGGGGCAAGCUUGAGGGAACGCAAGGCGCUGGGGCACACGGUGCUGCAUGCUGCGGCUGAGCAAAAUGCGCAGCACGUGCUUGACCUGAUCCGUGCUGAAGACCUGAAGGACGAGCAGGCCAACACGGCACUGCACUACGCUGUGGAUUAUAACCGAGUUAAGGUUAACAUCACGGCGCAGCUUCUAGCUGUGGGGGCGAACGCGAAUGUUACCAACUCUCGCUUGGUUGCCCCGUUGCACCUGGUAGUACGCCGUGGACGAGUGGACAUCACCAGGAUGCUGCUUGUAAACGGACAGGCGAGUUCAAACCAAAAGGACUACAACGGCAACACGCCCUUGCACGACGCUGUCGCUCUCGAUGGAGCUCGCUUGGCGGAUGAAAAUCCACGAAUCGAAGCACUAAAUGUUGAAGAGCAACCAGAGCGAACUCACGUAGCUCUAGUUGACGUGCUGCUCUCGCAUGGGGCGGACGGGAACCUGCAGAAUGACACGUUCCCCACUGCACUUGGCUAUUCGCGGUGGAUACGAACGUAUCGCUGCCGUGCUGCUAGCACACGGAGCCGACGCGCGCAAGACAAGCAAAUUCGGAGUGGCGCCGCUUCAUGUAGCCGCUGCGUUCGACGCGAGUGA